AUGGAUAUUGCUCAACAAGUACCACAACAUCCACGUGUACGUGAUGUUCUCUCUGAUCAAUGUCAACGAUUAUUUUUUGAAUAUCUCGAAAGUUUCGAUGAAAACGAAAAAAAAACAAUGAUUGAUGAAUUAAGUCAACCACAACGUUCAACGGUAUUAAUUAAUUAUCGACAUUUAUCUAAUUUUAAUGAUCGAGUAGCACGUGUUAUUCAAGAUGAAUAUUAUCGACUUUUACCAGCUUUAUCUCGUGGUCUUAAACAAUUUUUUCGUGAACAUUUACCAAAAAUUGAAAUGGAAGCGGAAAAACUUGAACGAUUUAAACGAACGGUUUUAAAUGAUAAAGAACUUUAUGUGGCAUUUAGUGAUGUUCAAAUGCGUUAUAAACUCCGUAAUUUGAAUACAUCAAAAUUGGGCAUGUUAAUUCGUAUAACUGGUCAAGUUAUUCGAACAUAUCCUGUUCAUCCUGAAUUAGUUUCAGCCACAUUUAUAUGUUCUGAUUGUCAAAUGGUUUGUCCAGAUAUUGAACAACAAUUUCGUUUUACACAACCAUUAAUGUGUCGCAAUCCUGUUUGUAAUAAUCGUGUUCAUUUUGCAUUAGAUUUAACACGUUCACGAUUUGUUGAUUUUCAAAAAGUACGCAUACAAGAAAGUCAAUCUGAAUUACCACAUGGAAAUAUUCCACGUUGUCUUGAUAUAAUUAUGCGUAAUGAAUGUGUUGAACAAGCUAAACCAGGUGAUCGUUGUGAUUUUAUUGGUACAUUAAUUGUUCUACCAGAUGUAAGCCAAUUAUCAAUGCCUGGUGUUCGUGCUGAAAGUGCACAACGUACACAAGGUUCAGAUGAUAAAGGAUUUAAUGCUGAAGGUGUACGUGGUUUAAAAGCACUUGGUGUACGUGAUUUAACAUAUCAUUUAGCAUUUCUUGCUUGUCAUAUAACACCAGCUGAACAAACAAAUGUUGAAACAUUAUUAAGUUCAGAUUCCAAAAAGAAACGUAUUGAAACAAUGAUGUCCGAUAAGAAUCUUUUUGCUAAUUUACGUACAAGUCUUUUUCCAACAAUUUAUGGUAAUGAUGAAAUUAAAUCAGGUAUUUUAUUAAUGUUAUUUGGUGGUGUACCAAAACGAACACUUGAAAAAACAAGUCUACGUGGUGAUAUUAAUAUUUGUAUUGUGGGUGAUCCAUCAACAGCAAAAUCACAAUUUUUAAAACAAGUUUCAGAAUUUUCACCACGUGCUGUUUAUACAAGUGGUAAAGCUUCAACAGCUGCUGGUCUAACGGCAGCUGUUGUUAAAGAUGAAGAAUCAAGUGAAUUUGUCAUUGAAGCUGGCGCACUUAUGCUUGCUGAUAAUGGUGUUUGCUGUAUUGAUGAAUUUGAUAAAAUGGAUCCAAAAGAUCAAGUAGCUAUUCAUGAAGCUAUGGAACAACAAACAAUUAGUAUUACAAAAGCAGGAAUAAAAGCAACACUUAAUGCACGAACAUCAAUCUUAGCAGCAGCUAAUCCUAUUGCUGGACGUUAUGAUAAAACACGAUCAUUGAGACAUAAUGUUAAUAUGUCAGCACCAAUUAUGUCUCGUUUCGAUUUAUUCUUUAUUGUGGUGGAUGAAUGUAAUGAUGUAACUGAUUAUAAUAUUGCUGAACGUAUUAUUGAUUUACAUACAUCUGGAACUCGUUCAUCAGUUCCUUCACUUAUGACUUCGUAUACAUUUAAUGAGAUUCGAGAUUAUAUUACUUAUGCUAAAGCAGCUGUUCAACCGAAAUUAACUUCGGCUGCUAAAGAACAUAUAAUAACACUUUAUAAACAAUUACGUUUACGUGAAACAUCGUCAUCAAGUACAGGUCGUAUAUCAUCAUCAUCAACACCAAUAACUGUUCGUCAAUUAGAAAGUUUAAUUCGUUUAUCUGAAGCUAUUGCUAAAAUGUAUUGUCAAGAAGAUAUUGAUAUAAAACAUGUACAAGAAGCUUAUCGACUUUUAAGUAAAGCAAUUAUACAUGUUGAUCAACCAGAUAUUGAUCUUAAUGAAUAUAAUCGACCAACAGCUGUACCAGAUGAAAAUAUGGAAGUAGAAGAAGAAACAACACGAACAAAGGAAGAAACGAAAAUAUCUGUUGAUGAAUAUAAACGUUUAACAAAUAUGAUGGUUUAUCAAUUACGUAGAAUGGAUGAAGAACAAGAAACAGAAAGUCAAACAAGUGGUACAAAUGUUGUUAUGCCUGGUGUUAAACGACGUGAACUUAUUAAUUGGGUACUUGAACAAUUAGCUGAUGAAAUAAAUAGUCUUGAUGAAUUAGCACGAAAAAAAGCAACCUUAGAUAAAAUUAUUGAUCGUCUUGUACAUGUUGAUGAAAUUCUUAUUCAACUUGAUAAACGUACUGUUAGUCAAUUUGGUGUAGCAACUGAACCUAAAGAUAGUACAGCAACUGAAGAAGAAGAAGAAGAUAAUGAAGAUCCCGAAGGAAAUAAUCUUUAUCUUAUUGUGCAUCCUAAUUAUGUUGCUGAAGAUCAAUAG